UCCUCAUAUGGCUCACACAAAUGGACCCCGAUGCCUAAGAUGUGCAGAUAAAUGCCCUGGCUUGGAUUUGCAUUACUUCCGAAAGAUCUGCAAGAACUGCCGCUGUCUUGCGGAAGACCAUGACAUGCCAUCCUGCCAGCAAAGGGACUACCGACCAAUGAGCAUGUUGUUUCAGUCAUGUGACUCUAUAUUACCACCAGCGGAUCCCAAACUUGACUGGGGCGCAAAGUUCCAGAAACUCGCAAUUACAGACCCAGGGGAUCUCAGUCAGCUGAAGGCACCACAGAAUGAUGUUGUCCUAACAAAGCUAAUCAGUGAGAAUAUGAGGUCCCAGAAGUUCAUCGCCAUGCUCCCAGAAGACAAACAAGAAUUUGCUUCCCAGUUACGCAGAAAACAACUUCAGCGUCAACUGCCUCUGCACGAUCUGGACCCCAGCUUCUGUAACAGUCUGGCCACCUCAGAGCUGGUGAAGUUCGAGAAAUUUGCUGAAAGAAGACGGAAGAAGGCCGCAGGUAUUGGACAGAUCGGUGAAGUGACCUCUUCAGGGUCCAUUGGCUGCCACAACUGCCAGAAGAAGAUGGAGAAGGGAAGUCCUGCCGUGGUUGCCACCAAAGUUGUGGGGGAGUGCUGGCACCCCGGCUGUUUUGUUUGCUUCACCUGCCAGCAGCUGCUGGUCGAUAUGAUCUACUUCAGCAAGAAAGGCAGAAUCUACUGCGAGAGACACUACGCCGAUCUUCUGUACCCGAGAUGUUUUGCCUGUGACGAGAUAAUAUUUUCCCGUGAGUACACUCAGGCAGAAGCUCACUCGUGGCACGUGCAACAUUUCUGCUGCUGGCACUGCGAUGCCCCCUUGGCCGGCCAGAGGUACAUUGCCAAGGACAAUAAUCCGUACUGUGUCAACUGCUUUGACAAACUCAUCUGUAAAAUCUGUAACACCUGUCAACGACCUAUCACCGCUGACGCCCCUGGAACAACCCAUGGAGGAAUUCACUGGCAUGCCUGUCCUCACUGUUUCAGCUGCCACUCCUGCGGACGCAACUUGCUCAACCAACACUUCCUGCUCAGUGACGGCAAGUUGUACUGUGGGGUCAGCUGCCAGCACAGGUCCGGACCUGCCUGCUACACCGCCUCCAUAGCCAGACAGUUUACUCAGUAA